GGGUGACGAUGUUCUACAAACUGACAGGGUGGUUUAAGAGAAACCUUGUGCAGAUGCAGAAACUGAAAAACAACGCAUUUUUUGUUGGUGAUGGAUGCAUCUCCACUACAGUAUGUGGGCCAAGUCAAGUCAGGUCAACAAGGUAGAAAAGGUAAGAGCACUUUACAGGAGCAGAAAAACAUCUAUGGGUAAGAGUCAUGUGACAUUGACAUGUUGAGGAAUAUUUUUACUUGUGUUGGUUUCCGUUGUUUUUUUGAAAAAAAUGUAAAGGUAAUAGGGAAAAGUAGGUACCCAAAUCCUGCCAGGGUAAUACAAAGAAAACGUUUUAAAUAAUUGAACAUAGCAUUAACUACCUUAUAUUAAAAAUAAUAGGAUAAGUAUACAGAUAACGUAGUAUCUUAUGUCACAAAUCAAUUAAAUAAGAGCCAAUAUUAUUGCCAUAUUUUAGUUUAACACGUGUUUAUACGUCUAUAAAUCUGUAUGUAAGAUUUAUACAUUUAUAAAUAUACAGCACAUAUUUUCUAAGCAGAAACAGCAAAGCAAAGACAAGUUAAUUUCUUAAAAUGUCCGUCUUAGUGUAAAGUCACUACAGCUGGACUAAUUUAAGGGAUCAAUAUUAAAAAAGAUGAUGUAUAGAUUCACACACCACUGCUUCUAUCAAAUGUCAUGCACACUUGCUAAUAAGAAAGUAUAUAUAUAUGAAACACUGCAGCUGCACGCUGUGUCUUCUGCUGAACUAUUACUUAUUAUUUGGUGAAUAUUAUUUUUGCAACUAGUAUUAUUAACUGCUGAUGUCAAAGUAUUGGUUGUUUAUGUUAAAAAUAUAUAUAUGGGCCGAUAUGUCGUUGUUAGAUUGUUUUAGGCCAAAGACUCUGCAGACUUCUGCUAAUCUGGUUAACGCUGCCAACUAGCGGUGACAGCUUGCUCUCCCUCUCCCCCUGUGUAGUGUGUUACUACAUCAACACAGAUUGUGGUCAGAAAGACAAAAAGCCCACCCCUCUCCAAGGGAUGUAUACCAAUAAUUCCAAAAAGGCCAGUGAGGCUUCUACAAUCAAGUGUAGAUUUACCCUUUAAAAGUCAGAUAUCAGUCGAUCCUUAUAACUUGGAUUUAGUUAAUCAAACACAUGCUCAUAUUAUGUAGUAAGUUAGAUGUAAUGCGUUUAUUAUGAGGUUGUUUGUCAAAAUGAUGUUGUAUGUUAUACUAAUAAGAUAUUCACAAGAAGUGUAAUUUAAAUUAUUUCUCUUCAUUUCACUUGCCUCUAGCAUGACUCUUAUUUAUAUCUAACUCAUUGGAACACCACUAAGCUCACUGUAAUUCCAGUACAAAAACUAAAAGAUCAUUGUUUAAAUCAUAGAUAGUUUGGUAGCUGUUUUAUUUGCUGCCAGGUCAGCAGGACUAGUGUACAGAACGAUGCACAAAUCUGAAACACAAACAAUCCCUAACAUUACUUACACCAAUUUUCAGAUUGACGUCCAUGGAUCUAACCCAAAUUCAUGGUUUUAUAAUCCAACUGUUCAGUCUGCUGAAACAAAAAAAGAGGGUUGGCAAAUGGCUGGUGACGUCUGGGCUGUGAUGAUCUUUGAUUGGCUUAUUCAGACGGACAGCGCGCCUUGACAGACAAAAAGUAGUGCAGCCUCAAAUGUGUUGCUAAAAUGAAAAAUCACUAUAAUCACCUAUUUUGUGUGUGAUGAUCAGACUGACUGUGUAUUUUAUGCAUUAACUGACAAAACUGUGGAACAUUAUUGUUGAAAAAUACUUCAAAUAUUAAGAAAGUGAGUUUUGUAAAUAUCACAUAAAUUAUUUCUGAUUUUCAAAAAAAAUUGACAGGUGUGCGAUCAGAAUUAAUGUAUUAUUUAUUUUUUUGCAUUAUCUGACAAAACUGUGGACCAAAUCAUUGUUGAAAAAUACUUAAGAAAGUCCGUUAUGUUGGCUAAAUAUUAUAUUUUGCAUAUUCGAUUAACUAUGUCGAUUUCUAGGUCAAUAGUCUAUAAAACUUUGUUGGCCUUAUUUCUCCUGGAAUCGUCAACACAUCCACCUGUGUUAUUAUUAUUUGGAGCAUCUAAAAAUAUUCCCAAGUGUGAGUCCCCUGAGAGAAAACGGGAACAGACAGCAGGAAAACAACUCGUAUCAUAAAAGCCCUCCAACUGUAUUCCUGCAAACAACAACAAACAGAUAUGCAUAUAUGUUCCCUUUUUGGCAGAGAUUGUUGAAAUGCCAGACAUGAGACUCCUGCAUCAAAAGGAGCUGAGGAGCCUUUCACAUCACACACACAGAGCUCCCUCUCUGCAUCUCUAAACCGGUGACCUUACAAAUGAGCGCGCCGCAUCAUUGUGAGAAUUGGUGUUUCUGGGCGGUGCAAAGUGGAGUAGAGCACAUCAGAGUGCAGGAUAUCUGAGCAUAGCAGAGCACAGAGAGGCAGGCACAUCCGCUGCUGGAGGGAUCAAAUAUGUACCAUCUGACGCUCAAGGAUUUAUGGGUUUAGUCAAAAUUGCUUUUCCCACUGUGGAGAUUAAGCACCGUAGGAUGUUUUCCACUCAGGCCGUAGAAUAGCUGAGCGUAGCUGCUGCUGCUGCUGUUGCUGCUGCUGUUCCUCCCUCUUCUCCCUCUUAUCAGCUCCGGCGCUGGAGAAGGGAAUGUCUCAGCAAGGCAGAGUGCUCCGAACCCUUGAGGGGAAAAUAUUCUGACUGACAGGAGAGGUGAGUCCUCUGGGGAAUGUGAACCAUGCAGGUGGAUGCUGUUCUUGUGCUCUUCUGUGUUUGGCUCGCCGGUGGUGCCUCUGGGAGGAUGACCCAGUCGAGGGGUCACAAGCUGGAGACCUACACACAGAGCAGGUCGCGAAGAGAGACCAGGAUGGACAGUCAAAAAACCGGAAAUCCCAUUUACAAACGGAGUGCAGACAUGACAAAAACUCUGAUGACAAAAUCCGAGCAGCUCCUGAGAAUAGACGACCACGAUUUCACCAUGAGGCCAGCCUUUGGAGGUCCUCCAAUUCCAGUUGGAGUGGAUGUUCAGGUUGAAAGUCUGGACACAAUCUCUGAGGUCGAUAUGGACUUCACCAUGACUCUGUACCUGCGUCACUACUGGAAGGACGAGCGGCUGUCCUUCCCGAGCACCAACAACCAGAGCAUGACCUUCGACAGCCGCCUGGUGAAGAAGAUCUGGGUCCCCGACAUGUUCUUCGUCCACUCCAAGCGAUCUUUCAUCCACGACACCACGACCGAUAACGUCAUGCUGAGGGUUUACCCCGACGGAAACGUCCUCUACAGUCUCAGAGUCACUGUCACUGCCAUGUGCAACAUGGACCUCAGCCGCUUCCCUCUGGACACCCAGACCUGCUCGCUGGAGAUCGAGAGCUAUGCGUACACAGAUGACGACCUGAUGUUGUACUGGAAGAAGGGCAACGAAUCCCUGAACACGGACGAAAGAAUAUCUCUGUCCCAGUUCCUCAUCCAGAAAUUUCACACCACCACUAAGCUGGCUUUCUACAGCAGCACAGGCUGGUACAAUCGCUUGUACAUCCACUUCACCCUGCGGCGCCACAUCUUCUUCUUCCUGCUGCAGACCUACUUCCCGGCCACUCUGAUGGUCAUGUUGUCCUGGGUGUCUUUCUGGAUCGACCGCAGGGCCGUCCCCGCCAGGGUGCCGCUCGGCAUCACCACAGUGCUAACCAUGUCCACCAUCAUCACCGGGGUCAACGCCUCCAUGCCCCGCGUCUCCUACAUCAAGGCGGUGGACAUUUACCUCUGGGUCAGUUUUGUCUUUGUGUUCCUGUCGGUGAUAGAGUACGCGGCGGUCAACUACCUGUCCACCGUGCAGGAGAGGAAAGAGAGGAAACUGAGGGAGAGACUGCCGUGUACAUGCGGCAUUGGUAACCCUGACGACAUGAUGAACGACCCCCAGAUCACUGGCUACGGGUCCAUGGAUGUCAACAACACGGGGAAUUAUGGGAUGCCGGUGAACGGCGGUCGCCAGGACAGAAUGUUGGCCCAGGUGUCUCUGAAUGACCCGCAGAUCACAGGCCAGGUGAAGGCCUCCAGAGGCUACGUGAACGUUUGGAUAGACACCCACGCUAUAGACAAGUACUCCAGGGUUAUGUUUCCUGGAGCGUACAUCCUCUUUAACAUCAUCUAUUGGUCCAUCUACUCAUAA